UCUUCAACUCCGACUUGAAGAUCUUCAUCUUCUGCAGUAUCUCUUCUAGGACGAGGAGUACGAAGAGGAAAAGAUGCCAUCUUCAACGGGCCCUUCCGUGCGGCAACUGCCGAUUCCGACAGCGGGUACGAGUUCGUCAUCAACAGCCAAGAAAGCAGGUGGAGCAUCAGCAAACACAGGGACAGGGAUCUUGAAUCAGCGCAUCACUAGUAGUGGUCUCAGAACCUCCAGUGCCGAUAUAUCCUCCUUCCACGUGCCAUCCGGCAAGCCACCACUGAACCAGAAGAAGUAUGUCGCAGAUGGCUUCCAAGCGUUUGAUCAAGCAGCAAAACUAAUCAAGGACAUGAAGCACUACAAGUCAACCAGGGAUAAAGUGGACGCGUUUGAGCGGAAAUACAAGAAUAAGCCCUUCAUCUCGACACAGAUGAAGAUCGUCGUCGUCACGGGGGUUGCGCUAUACCUCAUGUUCUCGUAUUCUUGUUUGCGAAAUGUCGUAAUAUUCUGUUUUUAUGGUGUUUUCGCUGUUAAUCCUGCUCCACCUCCUGGUCCUGCUCGUGGCUCGUGAUUCUUGUCGUUCUAGUUCACCUCCUGGUCGUUCUAGUAGAGAUGAACAAAUUAUAGCCAGGACGAGGUGAACUAGAACGACCAGGAUCAUAUCAUCCAAAACAAAUAGCUCUCCAAAACCUACCUCUUGUCAGGCAUAUCAAUCAAUCAAUCUCAUCUCAUGUGUCUAAUGCAUGUGGAUGGGAAGACUCGCUACCCUGUGCUUGUAGUAUGAAAACGAGCAACAAAUCUUUCGCAACUCCAGGUAUUUGCGAUGGCGCAAUGAUCCGGAUAAUUUUAGCUGGCUUGAUUGGGGUCUCGGAACUAAGAGGGACAGCGUUCUCGAUGUGUGAUAAAAAAUACAUCACUCCUUUCAAUAGACUAGAAUAGAAUAGAAUAGAAUAGGAGGUUUUUCAAUUGAUGACCAGGAGGAAUCAAAUACUACAUGUCGUAUUUUUGUUUAUGGAGGCAGGAGGUGCGAAGCAAUGUGAAAGACAGUGAAGUGUCAAUGAAAAUAUUCACCACGACGAAAAUGAGCAAAUCAUUGGAUGAGUCAACAUAUUAUGCCGGUCAAUCAAAUGAAAAUUUAUAGACUAGACGUAGUGGAAAAAAGCAAACACUGUUGUCAUCUUCACUUUAACUUUUCCAUAGCUCUAUUUUCUGGGCGUCGUGUUCCACCUAUCUGAAGC